GAUUCCCUGCGAAAUUAUGUCAACUGCUGAACUCUGAGCGCGCACCGGUAUUAAUCAUUCAUCCUGGCCCUCUCCGCGCGCGCUCCCCUUUCCCUUACGUGCCGGCGCCCAAGGCCUCCCUCCAGACAUCAUCAUCAUCCUCUCUCACGCCCGUGUUGCAAGCCCGCCCUAGCGAUCCCUGGCCGAAUCUCUCCCACGGUACGCGACGCGCACCGCUUCUCGUCCAGCCCGCAGAUCUAGAGAGCUAGACCCGCCCGCUUGACGCCCGACCUCAUCCUCGAUAUUCCUGCGACGCCUUCGAACCCGACCUCCUCCUUCUUCGUCUCGCGCCAACAGCGCCGCGCGGGCUGCUUUUGCGCGCGCAUCCUCCCCGCUGCCCCUGCCACCUCGCCGUUCCGCACAACCAGAGGCAUGUCACAACGAGAGUACCACAUUGUCGUCCUGGGUUCUGGUGGAGUCGGGAAGAGCUGUCUCACAGCGCAAUUUGUUCAGAAUGUCUGGAUCGAGUCCUACGACCCCACGAUUGAGGACUCGUACCGCAAGGCCAUCGACGUAGAUGGACGAUCGGUCGUGCUCGAGAUUCUCGACACAGCAGGCACCGAGCAGUUUACUGCCAUGAGAGAGCUUUACAUGAAAACCGGCCAGGGCUUCCUGCUCGUCUUCAGCAUUACGUCCAUGACCUCGCUACACGAACUCGCUGAGCUCCGCGAUCAGAUCAUACGGAUAAAAGACGACCACAAAGUGCCCAUUGUCCUCGUAGGCAACAAAUCGGACCUGGAAGAAGACCGAGCGGUGACGCGGGCGCGCGCGUUCGCGGUAUCACAAGCGUGGGGAAACUGCCCCUACUACGAGACCUCGGCGCGGCGGCGCGCAAACGUCGACGAAGUCUUCGUGGAUCUCUGCAGGCAGAUUAUCCGGAGGGACAUGGAAAAAUCAGGCUCACACGGCGACGCAUAUGGCCGCGACGCCGGGAAGCGGCGGCACGGCGGCAGCAGCCAUGGCGAGUCGGCACGAAGGCCGGGCGGAAGCAGUGGAGGCAGCAGCACGAGGCGGCGCAACCGACGCGAACACAGAUGCACGAUAUUAUAGUGCAGGUAUGUGCAGGUAUGUGCAGAUUGUGCAUAUGUCUUUGUCAUUUGUCGAUAUGUGGCAUGCCUUGACUUGGACCAGGACGGGCUGGGCUGGGACUGGGACCCCGCAACGGAUCUUUGGCUUGGAAUGCGAGACUGCUUUGAGAAUCUGGACAUAGACGUACGACAUAGAACGAGCAGCUCACGGCUGAAAGAUAAUGUGCAUGGAAUCCUCUUCGGUCGCCUGUGUCGCCAUCGGACUGGAACCUGGGUACCACCUCGCACGGCUCAACAUCCUCCUGCGGAAACCCACGCUGCGCCGCACACGUACGCUUUCCG